AUGAGGGACCUUAGCCAGCCUGGUAAUUGCUUCGCAUCUUGUAAUCAUCUGUGUAGCAAAGUGGGUAAAAUCGUCCAAUUUCUUCCCGGCUGGACCUGGAAGGAGAGGGGCUGUGUGCUCAUCCCCACCCAUUAGCUAUGCCCUCUUUUCUCCGAAUGUCGAUGUAAGGAAGCCAGCACCUGUCUUCUGCCACUGCAUCUUCCUAGCAAACUUUAAAGGCCAUUUUAUCUGAUAGGAAGAACAUCAAGAACGCUCUGAUCUCUAGUGAUGAAGAAUCUGGGAUUCGACACUUUCCCCAUCCAGACACAAUGCACUUUAAUUGAAGAAAAACUGAGCUGAACUACAAGUCUGUCUCUUAUGGUGCUGGAUUACUCCUUCAGAACUGCCCUGAGAUCAGCCGUGAGAGGGCUCUGACACACAGAAGUCACCUUCUGAUUAUUGCACUUAGCUCUCCCUGGGGACUUAAAUUUUGGAAGCGUCCUUCUGCAUGAUACCCUCCAAGAUGACAAGCGCUAACCCGGAGGAGGUGGCCCUGGACUCCUUUCUGCAGUACAUCGAGGAUCUGGGGAUGAAGGCCUACGACGGCCUGGUGAUUCAGAAUGCCUCGGACAUUGCCCGGGAGAACGACCGGCUGAGAAACGAAACGAACCUGGCCUACCUGAAGGAGAAGAACGAGAAGCGCCGCCGGCAGGAAGAAGCGAUCAAGCGCAUAGGUGGAGACGUAGGGCGAGGCCACGAAGCCAGCUACGUGGGCAAACACUUCCGCAUGGGCUUCAUGACGAUGCCGGCCCCUCAGGACAGGCUUCCCCAUCCCUGCUCCAGUGGCUUCACAGUGAGGUCGCAGUCCCUGCACUCGGUUGGGGGCACGGAGGAUGACAGCAGCUGUGGCUCCCGGAGACAGCCGCCACCCAAGCCCAAGCGGGACCCCAGCACCAAGCUGAGCACCUCCUCCGAGACGGUCAACAGCACUGCGGCCAGCAAGAGCGGGAAGCCCGCCGAGAGGCCAGAAGUGUCUGCCAAACCAAGACCCCACAGUGAUGAAUAUUCAAAGAAGAUUCCCCCUCCGAAACCUAAACGGAAUCCAAACACUCAGCUUAGCACGUCUUUUGAUGAAACGUACAUCAAAAAGCACGGGGGGCCCAGGAGGACAUCGCUGCCCCGGGACUCCUCCCUCUCCCAGGUCAGCAGCCCGGCAGGGGACCCCGAGGAGGAGGAGCCGGUAUACAUCGAGAUGGUGGGGAACAUUCUUAGAGACUUCAGGAAAGAGGACGACGACCAGAGCGAGGCCGUCUACGAGGAAAUGAAGUACCCCAUUUUCGACGACUUGAGCCAAGAUUCCAAGUGUGACUUUGACCAUCACAGUUGUUCUUCGCAGUGUGCUACUCCCACGGUGCCUGACUUGGACUUCGCCAAGUCCUCAGUGCCAUGCACGCCCAAGGGGUUGCUGUGUGACAUCCCCCCGCCCUUCCCUAACUUGCUGUCUCACCGACCCCCGCUGCUGGUGUUCCCGCCCGCCCCCGUGCACUGCUCCCCCAAUUCCGACGAGUCUCCGCUCACGCCCCUGGAGGUCACCAAGCUUCCCGUGCUGGAAAACGUGUCUUACCUGAAGCAGGCGGCCGGCGCGUCUCCGUCCUCACUGCCCGCCUCGGGCCACGCCAAACUGGAGAAGGACCAGCCAGGCGCCCUGGGGCCUGCGUCCGCCUCGUGCGCGCUCUCCUCGUCGCCUCCGCCUCCCUCCACCUUGUACCGAACGCAGUCCCCCCACGGCUACCCCAAAAGUCACUCCACCUCGCCCUCGCCUGUGAGCAUGGGGCGGUCCCUGACCCCGCUGAGCCUCAAGCGGCCUCCCCCGUACGACGCCGUGCAUUCAGGAAGCCUGACCAGGAGCUCGCCCUCAGUGCCUCACUCCAGCCCCAGGCCCGUGUCGCAGGAUGGGGCCAAGAUGGUCCACGCGGCGGUGAACACCCACGGGCCGGCGCCCGGUGGCUCCCGGUCCAGGACGCCCACCAGUCCUUUGGAGGAACUCACCAGCCUCUUUACCUCAGGACGCAGCCUGCUGAGGAAGUCGUCCAGCGGCCGGCGUUCCAAGGAGCCGGCGGAGAAAUCUACAGAGGAGCUGAAAGUCCGCAGUCAUAGCACGGAACCACUGCCAAAGUUGGAAAGCAAAGAGAGAGGGCACCACGGGUCAUCCUCCUCCAGAGAGCCUGUCAAAGCUCAGGAAUGGGAUGGAACACCAGGUCCACCUGUGGUCACCAGUAGGAUGGGAAGGUGCUCUGUGAGCCCCACCUUGUUGGCAGGAAACCACAGCUCAGAACCUAAAGUAAGCUGCAAGUUAGGCCGAUCCGCAUCCACGUCAGGUGUGCCUCCACCAUCAGCUCCUCCUCUCAGGCAAGCCAGUGACCUGCAACAGAGCCAGGUGGCAUGCAUGCAGUGGUUUCAUGGAGACCAUACAAUGCUUGAGAUGAUUGAGAAAAAGCGUUGCUUGUGCAAGGAAAUAAAGGCUAGACAGAAAACGGAAAAGGGCCUUUGCAAACAGGAUAGCAUGCCUAUCCUACCCAGCUGGAAGAAGAACGCAGGUGCAAAGAAGUGCAGCCCUCCACCCUAUUCUAAACAGCAAACGGUAUUCUGGGACACGGCCAUAUGAGCAUGUGGAGGAUGGUGGCAGCUCCUGGUCACUUACUACCAAGAGGGAGGUCGACUCGGUUAUGUGAAAAUUAAUUGUUACAUAUCUUCUCUGCUGGAGUGGAGUGCCACAGGAAGCUGUGCUUACCUGUGGCACAUACAAGGUGAAAUGUAUAUGUCUUUGCAAUUAAGGCACACUUAUUUAUCCCGGAUUAUUUUGAAUCCAGAAGAUAUUAAAUUGUAAAUAUUUUACUAGUUUAUGGGUGACACCU